AUGGAGGUUAACAACACUACACAGGACAACAGCACCUUUGAAAAUGUUGACUACGAUGGGUACACCAACAGCACCAGCAUAUUUACCUCAGGCUCCCAUAAUCUCAACAACAGCACCUUCGGCUCCAGUAGUUAUACCAACAGCAACUUCAUCUACUACUACUACUACAACUACUACGACAACGAGCACAUUAAAGCUGUAUUCAUUGGAGAUGUGGUGACGUGCAUCAUCAUUUGCAUCGGCCUUCCUUUGACCCUCAUCGCCAUCUACUCUCUCUACUCUCUGGUACGAAAUGAUCACGUUGCUCCCAUCUACGUCAUCAACCUUCUGAUUUCUGACCUCCUCCAGUUCUGCUGCAUGAUCUGUGACGUGUCACGUCCUGAGAGCCUGAUAAUAAAGAUUAUCUACUAUAUUAUUUACUACUACAGUCUGUUGACCAGUGUUGGCUUCAUGGUGUGCAUCGCCCUGGAAAGGUAUUUGCUGAUCGUCUUCCCACUGUGGUACCGCUGCAGACGAACCAUCAAGUCCACUGUGGUGAUCUGUGUCUUGGCCUGGACCCUUCCUGCUCUCUUCUUAUUUACUUUAUUUAUUGAUAAUUAUGACCUCCGAAAAAAUGUCAUCCUUGUCCUUUUGCUCCUUCCCUUCCCACUGCUCAUAUUCUUCUGCUGUGCGACUCUCAAAGUCCUGUCUGCCUCCGUCUCGAUCCUGCCUGAGGAAAAACGACGAAUUGUAGGAACUUUGGUCCUGAUGCUGCUAAUUUACACGCUGCUUUUCCUGCCCUACAUCAUUGGGAUUAUAGUACAUCGUUACACAAAUGACCCAUCAAAAAUUAAUAUUCUCUCCUACCUGAUUACUGUGUUUCUUGAGCUGAAUCCUCUUGCAAACUUGGUUCUGUAUAUCUUCAUGAAGAAAGGGGCCCUAGACAAGAUUUUGGCCUCUGUGCGUUGUUGCAGAGUUGAAGAUGUCAGCAGUCUGGAAAACAACACUAACAGAGAGAACUAG